AUGGGCAACGCCAUGCUGGUGCCAUAUUUUGCAGGGAUGGGCGUGUCUCCGGCAACUUUGGGGAGUAUGGGACCACCUGGUCCCCCAGGCCCCCCUGGCUCGUCUGGGCCACCAGGUGAAAAGGGGUCACCUGGCCCUGUGUCUGCCGGUCCACCAGGAGAAAAGGGGCCCAUUGGACCACCUGGCCCUGUGUCUGCCUGUCCACCAGGAGAAAAGGGGCCCAUGGGCCCACCUGGCCCUGUUUGUGUGGGGCCCCCUGGGCCACCUGGCCCUGUUUGUGUGGGGCCCCCUGGGCCACCUGGCCCUGUUUGGUUUCUAGCAUCUUGCCCUGAAGGUUACACUAUGUUCCGUGAAACCUGCUACAAGGCGUUUAACAUCCUGGCGAACUUUGGGGACUCGGCUCUGUACUGUCGCGUCGAUGGCGGCACCCUUGCCAUGCCCCGAGACGCUGCCACAGACGCCUUCCUCAUCUCUCUCAAGAACGCCGUCGACAAAAAAGCCACUUUCUGGUUUGGUCUCAAUGAUCGGCGCAAAGAGGGAAGCUUCGAGUGGAUCGAUGGUUCUCCACUUGGGAGCUACGACUCCUGGGCUCCGGGGGAGCCAAGUAAUAACCACUCCAAAGAACACAGC